AUGGCCUCUGGGUUGAUCCACUCGCUGCUUGGACUUCUCUUGCUUUUGCCUUGGGCAUUGGGAGCCUCGUACGGCCAGCAGGAGAAUAUUGCGGGCUCGGGAUUUCUCAGCGCUUUCUCCUACGAAGCGAUUGCCGACCCCACCCACGGAAGAGUGAACUACGUGGACGCAGGGACUGCCCGAAGCCAGAAUUUAACCUUCGCUUCUAGUGAUACUUUCGUCCUCCGGGCGGACUCUAAAACUACUCUCAGUGCCAGUGGACCAGGAAGAAACUCUGUUCGGAUCGUAUCGAACAGACAAUAUACCACUGGUGUUAUGAUAUUCAACAUCCGGCACAUGCCUCAAGGCUGUGGUACUUGGCCUGCUGUUUGGACUGUUGGCUCAAACUGGCCGAAUAAUGGCGAGAUAGAUAUUCUGGAAGGUGUGAACGAUCAAGGUCCUAAUCAAGGCACUCUGCAUACGAAUUCUGGUUGCACCAUGCCGGCCUCUCGUUCGGAAACUGGAACUCCAUUGCAGAACAACUGUGAUGUUGCAGCCACCGGUAACUCUGGAUGUGGUGUACGAUUCAACGACGGGAAUAGCUAUGGACCGGCGCUCAAUAACGUUGGUGGUGGGUGGUAUGCAAUGGAGCGAACUAAUUCAGCCAUCAAGAUUUGGUUCUGGCCCCGUAAUUCUGGCAGUGUACCAUCGCAAGUGAGAGAUGGUGCUACUUCUAUUAAUACGGAUACUUGGGGUACACCGGUUGCCAAUUUCCCCAGCACGUCGUGCCCGAUAUCUUCCAAAUUCGGUCCUCACAAUAUCGUGAUUAAUCUGACUUUCUGUGGUGAUUGGGCAGGUGCUGUGUAUGGCAAUUCGGGCUGCCCGUCUUCAUGUGUCGACUUUGUGAACAACAACCCUUCAGCAUUCACAAACGCAUUCUUCGACUUUGCCUGGCUCAAGACAUACGCAUAA